CAUACUCGUAAAGAUGGUGAGCAGGGUUUGUUGCCGUCAUGCUCAUCCAGCUUUAUCAUUGGCCCGGAUGGUCAGCCACUGACCGAUGAAGAACGUGCCUUUCUGGAAGAAAACUUCGGUAAAUUGGAAGCGAAUGAUGCGACAUUGGAUAACGAUGAUUUGAGCGACGAGUAUGACGAGUUCUUAACAACUGUUGAUAAUGAAGAAGCAAAGAAAUGUGUGGCAGAAAUUGAAGUUGCCGAAAUUGAGCAACAGUUAGCAAGAAGCACUCUGACUGGGGGUCUGGAUCGACGUGAAAAUGGUCCAACGGAGAAUGGUACAGGUCGGACGACAACAUGA